CCCAUUGGUGCUCUGCGAUGACAAGCGCCUGUGCCUCUGACUGCACACCGCAGCGGUGUGACUCCAGCGGCUUCCUUCGCCCCGGCCUGUCUGCAGAGUCAAAAGUCCGGUCCCUUUGGGGUUACCAUCCCCUUCUACUACCGACGGUUGCCUGAUUCUGAACAUAUGCGCCCCACGGAAUGCAUGAGGCCUACCAGUCUUGUCUGGAUCCAGGCCGGCAGGCAUGGCAAGGGCGAUGACACUCUGGACAUACUGAACUUCCUUACUACCAAUGACGAUGCUCAUAGGGGUAGCCAUACAGUACCGCGUGAGUACCGCGCAUCCGAAGAAAGUCGAAGAGAGGCUGGUUGCUUAUAUAAGCUUGGCGUUUUUGGUUCCCUGGCCGGUGAGGAAGUAUUCAGAAAUGGCGUUAUGGACGCUGGGCUGCUGGACGAGCACUUUGCAUCACGCGGGGUGCAGGGCUACAUUGAUAGCUUUGGAGGCGAUCCAACCCGGGUUACCAUCGCCGGCGUUUCAGCGCUUGGCAGAUUCGUCAUGCUGCGGGACAUUGCCUAUGGAGUUAUCCUGGGCACGCCGUCGUUUGUCAAUCCAAUAUCCUCUUCAUCACACCUGUCACAGGAGCACGGCGACAAAGACUGGAUAACUUCGCAGGCCUACUACGCCUUCGCCAGCGCCGCUGAAUUCCCGCUGCAAUGGGUCUACGGAAGAAGCUCGUAG